AUGACUGUCUCUGCCAACGCUGCGGGUGUGCCCACUUACUGGGGCGCAUCAGGACGAAAACUGCAAAUGAUGAUCACUGCUGUUGCGACCACCGAUUUCUUGCUCUUCGGAUACGAUCAGGGUGUGAUGAGCGGUAUCAUUUCCUCUGAGAACUUCUUGCAUGAUUUCCCUGAAGUCGAACACGGAGGCAGCACCUACGAAGGCUUUGUCACAGCCAUCUAUGCGGUUGGCUGCUUUCUAGGAGCCUGCUUCAUUCUCACAUUCGGCGACUGGCUGGGCCGGCGCAAGUCUAUCUUUCUGGGCGCAUCGGUUAUGAUUGUUGGAGUCAUCAUACAGAUCGCCGCUGUGCCGGUCGGAGCGGGAGCUACUUCUCAAUUCAUCAUCGGACGUUGCAUAACAGGCAUCGGCAAUGGAAUCAACACUUCGACUGUGCCCUCUUAUCAAGCAGAAUGCAGUCGAUCUGACAACCGCGGCAAGCUCAUCUGCAUCGAGGGUGGAAACGUGGCUAUUGGAACUCUCAUCGCGUACUGGAUAGACUACGGAUGUCUGUACGGACCUCAUGACAUGGUUUGGAGAUUCCCCAUCGCGUUCCAAUGCGUAUUUGCCAUCAUCGUCAUUGUCUUGAUGUUGCGACUCCCGGAAUCUCCAAGAUGGUUGCUUUCUCACGACCGACACGAGGAGGCUUCGACGGUUAUUGCUGCCCUUUCCGGCAAACCUGUUGACGAUAUUGAGACGCGAACCAAGAUGGCCGUGAUCGUCGAUGCCAUGAAGGCUGCGGGUCACGAAGGCGGUGUCACGCCAAUCAGCGCCAUCUUCACUAAUGGAAAGACUCAACAUUUCCGUCGCCUUUUGCUUGGAGCUUCGUCUCAAAUGAUGCAGCAGCUGGGAGGUUGCAAUGCUGUCAUCUACUAUUUCCCGAUUCUGUUUCAAAACUCGAUCGGUGUCACGCACAACAUGGCACUCCUGCUCGGAGGCAUCAACAUGGUCGUCUACUCCAUCUUCGCCACAACUUCGUGGUUCGCAGUCGAGCGCGUUGGCCGUCGCAAGUUGUACCUUAUCGGCACAGUCGGACAAUGUUUGUCAAUGGUCCUCACCUUCGGAGCUCUGAUCCCUGGCACCGAAUCAGCUGCAAAGGGAGCGGCUGUCGGUCUUUUCACCUAUAUCGCGUUCUUCGGAGCGACCUGGUUACCUCUGCCGUGGCUGUACCCAGCUGAAAUUAACCCGUUGAAGACCAGAGCGAAGGCAAACGCCGUCUCCACUGUGUCGAACUGGCUGUGGAACUUCUUCAUCGUCAUGAUCACUCCAGUACUCAUCGACAGUAUCGGCUGGGGAACUUAUCUCUUCUUUGCUGUGCUCAACGCCAUCUUCUUCCCCAUCAUCUACUUCUUCUACCCAGAAACAUCCGGACGAUCACUCGAGGAAAUCGACUUGAUCUUCGCCAAAGGAUAUCUCGAGAACAUGAGCUACGUUCGUGCUGCUAAAGAACUACCAUAUCUCACUGAAGACGAGGUCAAGGCCAAGGCAAGGGAAUAUGGCGCCAUGUCGAGUGAUGAGGAAUCUGGUGGCGAGAUCAAGGACAGUGAUGAGGAUGAGAAAUCUGGAGCUAUGAGGCAGGAUGGCGCUGGCGCGUAA